AUGGAGGUGUUUGCUGGCAUGAAGAACAAGACAGACUUACAAAGCUUAUCUGUGAAGGUCCAAAGGCGCAUUACCUGUGCCCAUGUCUUAAGGCAGCGCUUGGCAGUGGAGCUGGGGGUGCCCGUUUACCUCUAUGGAGGGGCAGCACAGGAGGAGAGCAGGAAAGCUCUGCCCACCAUUGCCCUCAACAUCCCGCACUGGGAGCAGUUUGCCCCUGGUCCUCUCGGGCCAUGCCUUGACCAUGGAAGUUCUUGGCAGCCUGGGCGCUUGAAGAAGGUGCAGGGCAUCGGCUGGUAUCUGGAGGAGGAGAAUAUAGCCCAGGUUUCAACGAACCUGCUGGACUUUGAGACCACACCGCUCCAUGCCAUCUAUGAGGAGGUGUGCCGAGAUGCCAAGGCACUGAAUCUCCCUGUGGUGGGGUCCCAGCUGGUGGGGCUUGUCCCCAAGAAGGCCUUGCUGGACGCAGCCGAGUUUUACAUGAAGAAGGAAAACCUCUUCAUCCUAGAGGAGGAGCAGAAGAUCAGGAUGGUGGUCAGCCGGCUGGGCCUUGACUCCCUGUCUCCGUUUCACCCCCGGGAGCGCAUCAUCGAGUAGGGAUCCCCAUCCUGCUUCUCAUCACGGUGCCCAUCCCUACCUGGAUAGAGGGGAUCCUGCUGCCUAUGUCUUCCCUUCAGCUUACUUUGGGAGAGGCGCCUGCACUCAGCUUCCCUGAGCAUCUCUGAGGGGCGCUGUGCAGGCGUGGGGUGGUCCUUGCUCCCCAGCGCUGAUGGUUGUGGACAUGCCAAGGGGGGGACUCCAGGUGUCUCUGGCAAGGCAGCAGGAGCAGGUUUCAAGAGGGUGGAUGAAAACCUGUUGGAGAAGGGACCGGGUGGUG